GGGUGCGCGUGCGCUGGGAAUCGGGCGAUUGCCGAUAAAAGGAAAUCCACGGUGGCCCGUGCGGAGAUCGAAAGGCCCCCGGCGCGCGGUCGAAAAAGUACGUCGCGAUAAAAAUACACGUUGCGCGUAGCGCGCACUCGCCGGACUCGCCGCGUGAGAGAGGAGACAACCCGUGUAAUUCCGUCGGGCUGCGCGCGUGCGGACGUACCGCGGUACAUACGUGUGACGCGUCGCGUGCUCGCCGUGUGCGCGGACAGCGCGCUUGACCAGCGCAGUCGGGCUACGUUUAGAAGGCAGCCAUCUUGCAAUCCCUAAUCAAAGAUCCACGGCAAGCGGGGUAUCGCUGUCUGGUUUUGCGGCCAGUUAAUAUCAACACACAGUUCGUCAAAUGGCUUUAAAGCGAAUUAAUAAGGAACUUCAGGACCUCGGUAGAGAUCCACCAGCACAAUGCUCGGCUGGACCUGUAGGAGACGAUUUAUUCCACUGGCAGGCAACAAUCAUGGGACCACCGGACAGUCCGUAUCAAGGAGGAGUAUUUUUCCUAACAAUACACUUUCCAACAGAUUACCCGUUUAAACCACCUAAGGUCGCAUUCACGACUAGAAUCUAUCAUCCCAAUAUCAACAGUAAUGGAAGUAUUUGUUUGGAUAUCUUACGAUCUCAAUGGUCUCCCGCACUCACUAUAUCAAAGGUGUUACUGUCAAUAUGCUCCUUGCUGUGCGAUCCAAAUCCAGAUGACCCAUUGGUACCAGAAAUAGCCAGGAUAUACAAAACCGACAGGGAGAAGUAUAAUGAAUUGGCACGCGAAUGGACGCGCAAGUAUGCCAUGUGAUGCGCCAAUCUCCAUUGACUUCAACAUCCAAACACCACCAAGAAACAGCCCCAGCCUAUUGCCACUUACGCAUCAGCACCGAUUGAAAUUAGCUAUGGCUCGUAUACUUUUAAACUUAAGCCGGUAUUCGGGCCCGAGGAAUCCUCAGGCAAACGUGAUCGAUCUGAACUUGUCGCGGUUCAGAAAGUCCGCGGAUAGUUGCCGCAAUGGCAGUCGAGGCAAUUUUGAAGGUGGUCACCCAGCAUUAUAUAUACCGAAUCAGACAACACAUGUCCGCUUUGUUUUUCAUGAAUAAAAAAAAAAUGGAAGUAACAUAUAGGAGAGUGAAAGUAGGAUUUGUAUUUGAAUCUAAUAGAUUGGUUUCUAAUUAAUGUGCUUGUAAUAAUUACUUGUAACAUUUACGAUACCUACUUUCUUCAGUGAAACUCGAAACCUUGAACUGACAGCACAUCGAUUGUUAGUCUUAACGCAAGUGAGCAAUGUUUGCCCGUCCCUUGAAACGAUGUGGUCACUCUUUUGUAAGACUGGGCUAUAUAUAUAUAAAUAUUACUGAAACUGUACGUGUAUGCUUUGUUCAAUUAUUAAAAUUCCUUAUACCUGACAAAUUCUACGAGUAACUCGAAAUCUGUGCUUUUGGUUCCUGUGUGUGUGUGUAGUAAUUUAAUUAUGCAUAUCGUUAAUCGGCAAGUGGCAACCGUGCAACUUUAAGUAAUCGGAAGUAUCUGCGGACGCCGGAUUAAGUAUUGUCUCAUACCUGGAGUACGGCCUGUGAGAGGUUCGCUACGUAAUUUAUUGGAAGCCUGCGGAUCACUCGUGUCAUCCUUUUCGGCUUUACGCCGAUUACGGGAAGCGGUCGUUUUGUCGAUAAAUGACGCGAGGGAGAACACAAUUCCGAUUAUUUAAAUUUAUAUACGGAUCGCCUUGUAAAUUAGGCGACGAAUACGUGUCGACGAUGCGAGGAGAUCGCCACCGGAUUGCCAAAAUCUCGGCGACUCGUUUUGCAUUGUAGUGCAUAAGUGCACGCUAUUAAGUUUGUGCGUCGCGUUUUGCGAAUCGGGAAUUCGCGCUACUCGUCGUCCGCUCGUGGCGCUAUUUUACUCGCAUCAAUACUUUUACUGCUGUUUUGCGUGCAGACGUUUCUUUAAGCAGCGCUUUUCUUUUUUUUAUUAUCAUUUAGGUUUUUGUGACACCAUGAUGUUUUUCCUUUCAUCCACAAUAUAAACGUCGUGACACUUGCGACGCGCGACCGUACUGUCCAUUGCCGGACGAGAACGAUAGACUUAAAUAGAAUCUGUUAUUUAAACGUUGCGACUACAAUAUUGUAUCCCCCGAUAUAUUGUGGCUGUAAGGGCAAAGCGAUGUGAUUACAUAUUAUUUCUUAAAAACCUAGCUGUAUGCAAAGUGAACAAAUUGUAUCGUUAAAUUGCGGAAUGUCAUUCAGCGCGAUAGCUCGUUUAAGAAUAUAUGAAACUACAUAAUUGCACUGUCCGAUGGUGCUAGCAGUGUGUUUUUUGGCUUCUAAUCAUAGAUAUAAAUAAAAUCUGACACGUCAUUUAAAAGGAAAGAUUACGAUUACUUAAUUAGUGCGUAAGUAAAAAAAAAACGAUUAUGUCUUGCGAACCAUGUGUAAAGCGCGCGUUAGAGCGAAAGCGUCUCGAUGUAAUCGGUGCUUUAUAAGAUAUGGCAAGCUGAUGGGGCGACUAAAGGAAACCUAGAGAAGACAAAUCGAUUAGUAUGUAAUGCGGCGGCCCGCUGUUUACGCCGACCUUGUCUCAUACGACCGUGUAUCUGCUGUAAUUUAAUUACGAGUAAACGCGUCGAAUCUGGUAUUUAAAGGGUAUAGUCCUCGAAGGAAAACUGAAAAAGAAGAAAAAAAAACAAUUGAUCAUCGUUCACUCUCUAGUAGAAGAUGACUAUUCAUGUGUAUAAUUAAUUAUUACUACCGCAAUAAUGAACAUUUUUAAUAACUUAUCUUGUGUACAUUUUAGCAUUAGCCCUUUAUAUAAUAAAGUCCACAUGAUGAUAAGGUAAA